CUUUUGCCCCCCAGUCCCCAUAAGAAAGCAGAAAAGACUCUUCUUCGCAACAACCAAUGAUCUGUCCAUAUUCAACAAAGCCAAACAUAAACAACAGGAAUUGCCAGCAUAAAAGAGUAUCCACCAAAACCAAAAGCCUUCCUCUUUUAUAUUGACACCAACCUUUCACUCACGCCUAACGCCAUCUCUCUCUCUCUCUCGAUCGACCUUCUCUGUUGUAGCAGAAGCCAUGUCUGAUGAGGCAUCUGCAACACCACCAACUCCUUCCCUCUGGUCCACCAUGAACAGCUGGUUCACCCCUCCUGUGCUCUUCCUGCUGCUAAACCUCAUGAUUGGCACCAUCGCCAUCACUUCACAGCUCGGUUCUUCUCCCGGGAGCACCAACGAUGAUCAACGACAAGACCAGCAAGAGCACGAGACCCAAAAACACCCACCAGCCCCACCUUUUCCUGGACCUCCCUCCAUCUUCCAGAGGCUCAUGUCCAUCAUCUUCUUCUGGAACAGACCCCAAGAACAACCCACUUGGUGGCCCACUCCUGUGAAAGCCCCUGAAAUGGAGAUCCACCUCCCAUUUCAAGAACCAGAACAUGAACAGAGACAAGAAAAAGGACCAGAACAGGAGCAAGAGAUUCCAUCUCGCUCUGCUAGAUCUCCUUCCAUGCCCCAGAAGCCCAGGCCCUCCGGCCUCUACAGCCACAUAGUGAUAGAGCCGACUGCGACACCCGCUCCUACCCCGACCGGCAAUGUUAAUUACCCAAAUCUAGAGCCAGUCGCUCACUACAGCUCUCGGCAAGAGCAAGCAGAGGCACAAGAACAGCAGGAAGAAGAAGAAGAAGAAGAAGAAGACGGUGGUGGUGCUGACGAAGCCGAGAGUGGAGUGGCGAUAAAUGGGUUGCCCAGAACCAUGAGGAGAUCCGCAAGCGCAAAGUACCCGACUGUGCAUAUCGACGAGGAAGACGACGAAGAAGAAGACGGAGGUUUCCUCGAGAGGCGCCGGCCGGCGAGCGCGAGAGAAGGGAAGGGUAAAACCAGCGGUCAUGGGGAUGAGGAGGUCGACGCCAGGGCCGAUGACUUCAUCAACAGGUUCAAGCAUCAACUGAAGCUGCAGAGGAUUGACUCCAUCACUGGGCAAAACAGAGGAGGUCGCAAUUAGCAGAUAACUAGGAAUCACUCCGAGUUUGAUCAGUGUGGUGUGUAUUAGAAAUGUUGAAGAUGUCCAUCUUUUUCUACCUCCUUUUGAGCUCCUUCCAAGUAUGUUCCUUUUUAACCAGUGGUCUUCUGGAGAUGGUGUUGCAUUGUAUCGUGUGAUGUACAGAGUUGGAUCAAGAAA